AUGAUCCCACCAGGUACAGUGCCACUGGCCCCAGCACACCGUCCAACACUUCCGUACAGCGCCCAAGGUUACACAGACUCGACAUCACAUCUUUCCGAGAUGGAGUCGGUGUCUCGUAUCUCGUCCUUGAUGGACCCAGUGCGAGAUCUGACAGUCGAGGCCGCUCAAGCUGUCGGCCUGUCCAAAUCGUUGAAGGGGGGAGGCUCGACAUCGCGGAGCAUCCCGUUCGCAAAGUUGAAGGCGCUCCUUGACAGUCGGAGUGACCGUGAUAUUCUCGAAGGACUUAGGAAGGUUGUUUCGAUGAUAUACCAAAAUAAGCCAUGCUUGCCGUACUUUUCUUCCGUCGUCAAGAAUGUCGCAAAUCCGAACCUCGAGAUCAAAAAGCUCGUCUACAUCUAUCUACUUCAUUAUGCCGAAUCGGAUCCUGACCUGGCACUGCUCUCUGUCAAUGCGAUUCAGAAGUCACUCAGCGAUCAGAACCCUCAAGUGCGAGCUCUUGCUCUUCGCACCAUGUCCGGGAUGAGGGUUCCAGUCAUCAGUCAGAUUGUCUCGUUGGCCAUCAAACGAGGUGUUGGCGACAUGAGCCCCCAUGUUCGUAAGGCAGCCGCCUUUGCCAUCCCCAAGUGCUACAACCUGGACCCCAACACCCUUCCCCAACUCCUGGACUACCUUUCAAUAUUACUCGGCGACAAGCAGUACUUUGUCGUGGGGCCUGCCGUGCAGACCUUUCUCCACAUUUGUCCUGACCGCAUCGAUCUCAUCCACAAGCACUAUACCAGCUUGGUCAAGAAACUUGUCGACAUGGACGAGUGGAGUCAGCUGGCCACUCUGAGGUUGCUGCUCUUCUACAGUCGUCGAUCAUUUCCCCAGAAAACAUAUAAACUCACACAAGUCAACAAGAAGGGAUUCUAUGACGACGAGCCGGAUGAACAUGUAGAGACCGGUCAAGUCGCUCGCGCCCUCGAUCCGGACCUGGAGCUGUUCUUGAAGACAUGCAAAAGUCUUCUUAACAGUCGUAGCGCCGCCGUGGUGGUUUCGGUCACCAGCUGCUUUUUGUACCUGGGCACCCCAGAAUAUUUGCAAGAGGCGGUUGGUCCACUCGUUGGGCUCCUUCGUGGUUCAUCCGAAGUCCAGGAAGUUGCUCUGUGCAACAUCGUCUUGGUCUCAUUAGCGGCACCUGAACUCUUUGUCCCUUACGCUUCGCACUUCCUAUUACGAAGUGACGAUGCACCGCAGAUUUGGAAGCUGAAGAUCGAGUUGUUGACCAUCAUCUUUCCUCAUGCGGCGCUACAUCUGAAGUCCAUUAUCCUGUGCGAACUGGAGCAUUUCUCUCACAGCUCCGACCCGGAAUUGAUCCGAGAGUCAGUUCAAGCCAUCGGACGCUGUGCUCAGACGGACCCACAGAAUGCUCAUCACUGUUUCCGCGUGCUACUCAACCAGAUCUCAAGUUUCGACAAUGCGCUUGUUUCUGAAGUACUUACCGUGAUGCGACACCUAAUUCAACAGGAUCCAGUUGCACAUCGGAAGACCGUGGUGAGACUUGCCCGAAACCUGGACCGGACCACAAGUCCGGAAGCUAGAGCCACCAUAAUAUGGCUGGUUGGUGAGUUUGCAAGUCUCGAUCCUGACAACGACAUCGCCCCCGAUGUACUCAGAAUCCUGGCCAAAGGUUUUGCGAAUGAAAGCACAUCGGCAAAACAACAGAUUGUCCUCCUAGCGGCAAAGGUGUAUCUGCUGCAUCUGCAAAAGACUGCGGGAGCAGCGAAAGAGGCUUCCACAGAUGCUGGAGAAGCCGAUUUACAAGAAAAUGAUCAAAGCGCAACGCUAGACCACCCUAUUACCAAACUGUGGAAAUACAUCCAACUUCUGGCACGCUACGACACAUCGUACGACCUUCGCGAUCGGGCACGACUAUUCAAAGCCUCACUAUCGAAUCCAGGGUCAACACAGCUCGCAUCCCUGCUGCUCUUGGCGCCCAAACCAGUACCACACGCACCCUCACCAUCAGAAGCUCGGCGUGGAUUGGUCUUGGGAAGUACGACGCUGGUCAUUGGGAAAGAGAUAGCGAGUGUUCUAGGUCUGCCGGGCUACGAGGAACUGCCAGACUGGGUGCCAGAGGGGCAGGAACCUGAUCCGAAGUUGAGAAACAUGAUCGAUCCCAACGACAAGGAAGAAUACGUCUCAGCCGCAUCGAGGAAUACUUCUAGUAUAGCGGCGAGCAGGAGAUUAGACGAAGCAGUACGAGAACAAGGUUUGGAGAAGGUAGUCGCCGCUGGGAGCGCUAGGAGCGGUAAGCCAAAGACGCUGGACGACUGGCUGCAGGAAAGCGAUGAGGAGGAAGAGGAAGAGGACAGCGAAGAGGAGGACGAAAGCGGUUCCGAGACCGAAGGAUCCACCGAAGAUGAAGGCGAAAGUGAAGAAGGAGAGACAGAGGAAGAGACCGAUGAGGAAGACACGCCCUUGCAAAGGGGCCUGGUCAGCAACUAGUUGUUCGGGUUUUGUAAGCGAGUAUCACUUUGUAUACUCCGUAUAUAUUUAUAGAGGGAUGUCGUCAUGAUCAGGGUAUGGUCCAUGAUAAUACAUAUGCAGAUGAAAGGAGAGACGAGAAGAAUUGAUCGUUACCGC